AUGUCGAUAUCCAAGUUCCGGGUGGUGCAGUUGACGCAGGAGGCACUCAAAGUCCAAUGUAAGGUGGACGAUUUCGAGGAGUGGGGAGCUCCAACGUUAAAUCCUCCCCAAUACCAACGUAAGGAGGAGCUGCAACGCGCAACGCCGUUUUCCAAGAGAGGUUCCAUUUUCUGGGCUCUUGUGGAAGAUACAGCAGACACUGGGGACUCGAAUCUGGUGGCUGGCCAGACCGUGCUUUACUGUCACUGCGAAAGCCACCGUUUUGAUUGUGCUGUUCGCGGCAGCUCUGGGGGUAUUGAACGGGGUUAUUCGCACCAUAUCGGGUCGGUCUUCACCCUGCCGCAACAUCGCAAGCGAGGACUCGCCAAGCUUUUCAUUAGUGAGGUGGCGAAACAGUUGGGAGAGCUACCGGGAUCGAUGGUAUCGGUACUGUACUCGGACAUUGGACCGACGUACUAUGAUAAGCUUGGAUGGAAGCUGUACCCGUCCAAGAUGGCGACGUUGGAUAAUUUUCACAGUUUUCUUCACGCCGACAAUGCGCGGCUUGUGACGGAGCUAUCUAGUGAUCAGUUUGAAGGGCGAGAGGCUUUUGUUAUCCUACCCACACGUGAUUCUAUCGAGUGGCAGUUCUGCAUUGGCGUGUACUAUGCUCAAGCUCAAGAGUAUGAGGAGCUCCCAUGUCGCUGUGGCGUGAAAAUCGACGAAGACGCUUUCAUCAUUUGGUGCCAUAAUUUGAAGGCAUCGACGCUGAAUCUGGUUCGUACUCGGCUCCCGGAGAGUGGCAAGAACGCUGCAAAGACUACUCAUCUGCUACUGAACGAAGCGUUGAAGGAGGCUCGUAUGUUUAGGCUGAAGAAGAUUGCUAUCUGGGAUCCCCCUUCGAUCUUAGCCGAUGACAAAGUUCGAAGCCAAUUUGAGAUCCAGUUCGUCGAACGCGACGACUCGCUGUCGAGUGCCAUGGUGUUUGGUCAGAGAGGCGACGUCAAUGCUGCUCUUCCUCACUGGCUGGCCAACGAAAAAUUCGCUUGGGUCUAA